UGUCUAAACCCCAUCAAAGCCGCCACGUGUCAUCCAGAUGACGAGGCAGGUCUUCUAGCUUUCAAAUCGGGUAUAACAAGAGACCCUUCGGGCAUUCUCAGCUCAUGGAAGAAAGGUACUGCUUGCUGCUCCUGGAACGGUAUCACUUGCCUUACCGGUGACCGAGUCACCGCACUCACGGUCAGUGGACAAUCCGAGGUCGCCGGAAGCUUCCUCUCCGGCACAAUCUCCUCGUCGUUAGCCAAACUCCAACACCUCGAUGGUAUUUACUUGAUGAAUCUCAAAAACAUCACCGGACCUUUUCCACAAUUCCUCUUCCGGUUACCACAGCUAAAAUUCGUUUAUAUCGAGAACAACCGUCUCUCCGGUCCACUCCCGGUUAAUAUCGGUUCGCUAAGCCAGAUUGAAGCGUUUAGCCUGGAAGGAAACCGGUUCACCGGUCCGAUCCCAACUUCCAUUUCCAAUUUGACCAAGCUAUCUCAGCUCAAUCUUGGGGGUAAUCUCUUAACCGGGACAAUACCUUCAGGGAUCGCUAAUCUCAAGCUCAUGUCUUUUCUCAAUCUUGGCGGUAACCGUCUCUCCGGAACUAUCCCCGAUAUUUUCAAAUCCAUGCCGGAGCUCCGAUCUCUCGUUCUCUCUCGCAACGGAUUCUCCGGGAGCCUUCCCCCGUCUAUCGCAUCGCUUGCGCCAAUUCUCAGGUUUCUCGAAGUAGGCCGUAACAAACUCUCUGGGAAGAUUCCAGACUAUCUAUCGAGGUUCAAGGCGCUUGACACGUUGGAUCUCUCACGCAACCAGUUCUCUGGAGUCGUGCCGAAGAGCUUCGCGAAUCUCACCAAAAUCUUCAAUCUUGAUCUCUCACACAAUCUUCUUACCGAUCCUUUCCCUGCUUUGUACGUUAAG